GACGGUCGCUCCACUCCGCUGGCUCGCUUGGGCUCGCGGGGCAGAUCCGACACAUGCAAUAUGGCAGAGGCGCACACGUGUUCCAGCCACGGUUAAGCGGCUCAAGGCGGUCUCUCGGGGAUGCUCGCUUGUCGCGAAGGGAAGACGACAGAGAAAGGCCCGAGUUAGCCGAGCAGCCACCGCCGCUUCCAGCGAAAGACCGCUCGCGAGCUCGCAGAACGUCGACAUGUUGAAAGAGUUGGUGAGGGAGCGACUGCUUGCGGCCGCCGACGAAAUCUUCGGACUUUUCCAAACAACCGUGGCUUCGUACGAGCAGCAACUUUGUCGAGCGAGGGAGGAGAGCGAGCGACACCGACGACAACUGGAAGCGGUUUGCAAGACUCAAAUUGUCAUCCGCGUCGAAGAUGUCCAGAGGCUGAUAGCUCACCAGGCAGAACUUCCCGCUCAGCUUCAAGUGCACCCGCAGCCCCCCCAGCAGGACGAGGAGGAGGCCGCUGUGAGCGCGUUGCCACCGAAUGGCAAACCUGCGGAGGGGUGUAAAGAGGAACCAGCCGAGCUUCCUCACCGCAGUGCCAGCGAAGACCGGCCUGGCGAAGGGGCGCCAGAAGGCCUCCAAGCUCCACUCAUACAAAUUGAAAACAUACGAGGAGAAUGUGAAGGCGAAGUUGCGAAGCGCAACGCAGACGGCGAAGGUGACGCCGGACAGCGGGAGUGCUCUCAGAAGAAGACGACGACUCCUGACAAAGAGACGGCACCUCCUGGCAAAAAGAAAACCUCUCAACCGCGCAAGAGGCGCCGCGGGCUCAGAGAGAAAAAAAAAUACAGCUGCCCAACUUGUCAUAAACGAUUUGCCCGAGCUGGACACAAGGCGAGACACAUGAGAACGCACACCGGGGAAAAACCCUUUGGGUGCUCUGUUUGUGGCAAAGCGUUCUCUCAAAAGACACACCUGGAAACACACACGCGGACCCACACGGGGGAAAAACCCUUUGACUGCUCAGUUUGCGGGACCAAAUUUGCUCGAAAAACAAGCGUGGACGUACACAUGAGAAAGCACACUGGAGAAAAACCGUUUUGCUGCUCAAAAUGUGGGAAACGAUUCACCAUCAAGUCAAACUUGGGAACGCACAUGAGAAUACACACGGGAGAAAAGCCUUUCAGUUGUCUCACGUGCGGUCAAAGCUUUGCUCACAACAACAGUUUGGCGCUACACAUGCACAUCCAUCAUCAGUGACAAGAAACAUCGGACACUCGUCAUCCGAAGCAGAGCCGUGUCUCGUUUUGAUGAUGAUUUGGGAGGUCUGAGGCGCUAAUAAAUGCUCUUUAGCUGCGCGCUGCUGCGAUGGGACGGUAGCGGAUAGGGUCCCUACUCUGUUUUUGGGCUACGCAUUCCAUCCAUGUUUACUACAAAAGGGGACAACACCCCUCCUCCCCCCUCUCUAAAAGGUAUAAUUUCCAUUUCACAUUUGCGUUUUAGUUUGUUGGGGUGAAAGUUCAUUCUUUUGUGAACCCAAUGUACCGGUAUUCUUAUUUUUUUCAAUUUUAGUGAUGUGGUUCGUCUUUUGUAAUCCCUCAUAACGUUGCUUUGGAUUUAGAUGUUUGGAAGAAUAAACGCAAUAAAGGCUUAAGAUGUCUCAAA